GAGUACAUUAAUAUAUAUAGUUUCAGAUGCAAAAAAAACACCUUGUUAGAUGAAAGACCUGUUUUUUCACUUUUAUAAAUACUCCAUCUUUAGUCACUAGGCUUUCAUUUUUCUGAUAAAACAAACUCUUACUUCUGCUAAGUGCAAAAGAAGAAGCUAGCUAAAUUAUAUAUAUAUUGAGGCACUAGUAUAAGAGGUUGUUGCAAGCUAAGAAAGGAUGGAUUUCCCAAACCACCAUCAUCAGGAAUCGAUGUCAGAGAGUUGUUCUCAACAGAAAAAGAACAACAACAUGGGAAGAGGGAAGAUAGAGAUAAAGAGGAUAGAGAACACAACAAACAGGCAAGUAACAUUCUGCAAGAGGAGGAAUGGCUUGCUCAAGAAGGCAUAUGAGUUAUCUGUUCUUUGUGAUGCUGAGGUUGCUCUUAUUGUCUUCUCAAGCCGUGGUCGCCUCUAUGAAUAUGCUAAUAACAGUGUCAAAGCAUCUAUUGAGAGGUACAAGAAAGCCAGUUCAGAUUCUUCUAAUGGUGGAUCCACUUCUGAGAUUAAUGCUCAGCAUUACCAGCAAGAAUCUGCAAAACUGCGUGUGCAAAUCAGUAACCUUCAGAACCACAACAGGCAAAUCUUGGGUGAGGCUUUGAGCAAUAUGGCUGUCAAGGAUCUCAAAAACCUUGAGACCAAAUUGGAAAGAGGGAUUAGCAAAAUUCGUUCCAAGAAGGUAUUUAUAUACAUAUAUCUUUCUAUUAUUAUUUUAGAAGCUAAGAGUAUAUAUAUAAUUGCUUUCAAAUUAAUUAAUUACUUCAUGUUUGUUCUACAUCAGAACGAGCUGCUGUUUGCAGAGAUAGAUUACAUGCAGAAGAGGGAGGUAGACUUGCAUAACAACAACCAGUUUCUUAGAGCUAAGAUAGCAGAAAGUGAGAGGAACCAACAUAGCAAUAACAACAACAAUAAUGUGUUGAGUGGAGGAGGAACAAACUAUAACAAUAAUGAAUCUCAUCACAAUGAGCAGCAUCAAUUUGAGUCUCGUGGCUACUUCCAAGUCACUGCAUUACAACCCAAUAACAAUGAAAACCACUAUGCUGCUACUGCUGCUAGGCAAGAUCACAUGUCCCUUCAAUUAGUCUAAGCCUCUAUCUAUCUACAUACCUACCAAUAAUUUAUUUCCUUCUUCU